GGUACAGAUAGCAUCAGUUUCCUUAGAUACGAAAGAAACAACACAACAAAUUGGGUGGAGGAUAACCAAGCGGUAGACGUGUUCGAGUCGACUAUUAUCCUGUUUUGGUUCCCGUUUUACAAAUAAUAAAAUAUGGGUCUCUUAUCAAUUUUGAGGAAAUUACGCUCAAAUCCAGAUAAAGAAUUGCGUCUGUUACUAUUGGGUUUAGACAAUGCAGGAAAAACGACAAUAUUAAGAUCUUUAGCGAGCGAAGAUAUUACACAGGUAACGCCUACGCAAGGCUUCAACAUAAAAAGCGUGCAGAGCGAAGGCUUCAAAUUGAAUGUGUGGGACAUAGGCGGUGCUCGAAAAAUUCGUCCCUACUGGCGAAACUAUUUUGAAAAUACAGAUGUUCUGAUAUACGUUGUGGACAGCGCGGACGUAAAGAGACUAGAGGAAACGGGUCAAGAGUUAUCGGAACUUUUGUUGGAGGAGAAGCUGCGAGGUGUUCCGCUGUUGGUAUAUGCGAACAAACAAGAUCUUGGACAGGCUGUAACCGCGGCUGAAAUCGCAGAAGGACUCGGGUUGCAUAAUAUCAAGGAUCGCGAUUGGCAAAUACAAUCUUGUAUCGCGACUGAAGGAAAAGGCGUCAAGGAGGGCCUCGAAUGGGCAUGCAAAAACAUUAAGAGAAAAUAAUGGUGAAGCAAGAAAGAGGAGAAUGAUCAGCCUAUGAUGUGUCUUGUACAUUCAACGUACACUUUAUUAUUUGGCUUUCAUCUAAUAUUUACAGGAGUUGUUACACAGACAUUGCUGUUAAUAAAUCCGGUGCAAAACGCACGAGCGAUCUCCUAGUCGUUGAACCUUCGUCCCUCCUGGAACGAGCUCUCCUUAAGCUCGAAUUUACGAUGUCCCUAGGAACGUCGUAACGAAACGUGCCUUUUUCGCACGCUCUCUGUAUAAAGUAGAAUUUUUAUAGAUUCCUUUAGAAGUAACAAAUAUAUAAAAAUGAAAUGAAA